AUGUCCAUUGAAUGUUCGCUGGGGGAGGAGAACAUGUGCAUCUCCAGCGAGGAUGAAGAGUGUUUGGACGAUUUGAACACGACGGUCGUUCCCAGGGUAAUCGUGGAGAGGCUUCAGCUGCCCAGGGAUGAGAAGGAGCCUGCAUCGUCGGACACAGUAGCGGCACUGCUGCGGCAACUGCAGAGCCGCGACGAGCAAGUGGCAGUUAUGCAGGCGAACCUCGACCGUCUGACUUCGCAAAUUGCGCAGCUCAUAGGAGAGCUAUCCAGCACGCGCAAGGAGCUGGAGCUGUACCGACAGGGUACGCAGACGGUUGCGUCGAUGCAUUCGGUGGAAGGCAGUAGCGCUCGUGGCUACUACGCUGCCAUCACCAAUGAGCAGCGCACGUAUGCCGAAGUGGUGGGCAGCAGCUCGUGGGUGCGCCAGCAGCGCAAGCGUGGCAAGUGCGGAGGAAACGAGCGGCCAUCACAGCAGCAGCAGCAACAGCAACCACGACAGCCACUAUCAUCCCAGGAGGAACGGAUGAUGCGUAAACCGACAGAAAUGUCCAUUGAAUGUUCGCUGGGGGAGGAGAACAUGUGCAUCUCCAGCGAGGAUGAAGAGUGUUUGGACGAUUUGAACACGACGGUCGUUCCCAGGGUAAUCGUGGAGAGGCUUCAGCUGCCCAGGGAUGAGAAGGAGCCUGCAUCGUCGGACACAGUAGCGGCACUGCUGCGGCAACUGCAGAGCCGCGACGAGCAAGUGGCAGUUAUGCAGGCGAACCUCGACCGUCUGACUUCGCAAAUUGCGCAGCUCAUAGGAGAGCUAUCCAGCACGCGCAAGGAGCUGGAGCUGUACCGACAGGGUACGCAGACGGUUGCGUCGAUGCAUUCGGUGGAAGGCAGUAGCGCUCGUGGCUACUACGCUGCCAUCACCAAUGAGCAGCGCACGUAUGCCGAAGUGGUGGGCAGCAGCUCGUGGGUGCGCCAGCAGCGCAAGCGUGGCAAGUGCGGAGGAAACGAGCGGCCAUCACAGCAGCAGCAGCAACAGCAACCACGACAGCCACUAUCAUCCCAGGAGGAACGGAUGACGCGUAAACCGAUAGAAAUGUCCAUUGAAUGUUCGCUGGGGGAGGAGAACAUGUGCAUCUCCAGCGAGGAUGAAGAGUGUUUGGACGAUUUGAACACGACGGUCGUCCCCAGGGUAAUCGUGGAAAGGCUUCAGCUGCCCAGGGAUAAGAAGGAGCCUGCAUCGUCGGACACAGUAGCGGCACUGCUGCGGCAACUGAAGAGCCGCGACGAGCAGGUGGCAGUUAUGCAGGCAAACCUCGACCGUCUGACUUCGCAAAUUGCGCAGCUCAUAGGAGAGCUAUCCAGCACGCGCAAGGAGCUGGAGCUGUACCGACAGGGUACGCAGACGGUUGCGUCGAUGCAGUCGGUGGAAGGCAGUAGCGCUCGUGGCUACUACGCUGCAAUCACCAACGAGCAGCGCACGUAUGCCGAAGUGGUGGGCAGCAGCUCGUGGGUGCGCCAGCAGCGCAAGCGUGGCAAGUGCGGAGGAAACGCGCGGCCAUCACAGCAGCAGCAGCAACAGCAACCACGACAGCCACGUCUGCGCUGCUGCAGCCACUUCAAACCAAUCUUCGAGUGCCUAUCGAAGGCCGCUUACUAUGGCUUCAAAGCCCUUCGUACUGUUUCUGUUCGAGAGGAAACGUUGGAGCAGCAUCUGUGA